CAUACUCAUGUCCAUCCAUCCCCACAUCACCUCUCUCUCUCUGCAUUUAUAUACUCCACUCUUCUUCUCUCCACUUCACACAAAAGAAGAAAAACCAAAAAAAAAUGGGUAACUCUCUGAUCUCUCUUCUCCCAAUCUUCCACUUGUUGGUGUUAUUAGGAUCCUCCUCAGUGAAUGCUUAUUGGCCACCAUCACCUGGUUACUGGCCAAGCUCCAAGGUUGGCUCCUUGAGCUUCUACAAAGGUUUUAAUAAUCUUUGGGGUCCUCAGCAUCAGAGAAUGGACCAAAAUGACCUCACCAUCUGGCUUGAUAAAACCUCAGGAAGUGGGUUCAAGUCAGUGAAGCCAUUCAGAUCAGGCUACUUUGGAGCAUCCAUCAAACUCCAACCUGGCUACACUGCUGGAGUCAUAACGUCUCUCUAUCUAUCAAAUAGUGAGGCACAUCCAGGAUUCCACGACGAGGUGGACAUAGAAUUUUUGGGGACAACAUUUGGGAAGCCUUACACACUUCAGACAAAUGUGUACAUUAGAGGAAGUGGUGAUGGCAAAAUCAUUGGUCGCGAGAUGAAGUUUCGGUUGUGGUUUGAUCCAACUUCGGGUUUUCACCAUUAUGCUAUUCUUUGGAGCCCUAGAGAAAUCAUAUUUUUAGUGGAUGAUAUUCCCAUAAGAAGAUACCCAAAGAAGAGUGCGGCUACAUUUCCUUUAAGACCAAUGUGGCUUUAUGGUUCUAUAUGGGACGCUUCUUCUUGGGCAACCGAAAAUGGUAAAUACAAAGCCGACUAUAAAUAUCAACCUUUUACUGCCAAAUACACCAAUUUUAAAGCACUCGGUUGCACCGCCUACUCGCCGGCACGGUGCCAUCCGCUAUCAGCUUCGCCGUACCGUUCUGGUGGGUUAACCCGACAGCAAUACCAAGCCAUGAGAUGGGUUCAAACACAUAAUAUGGUAUACAAUUAUUGCAAAGAUUAUAAACGCGACCAUUCUCUGACACCGGAAUGUUGGCGUUAGGAAAAAAAAAUGAGGAAUGUCCCAAAGUUUUUGAAUUUUAAUUACAUGAAAGAGAUAUAUAUCACAGUGAGGUUGGAAAAAUUUUGGGAUUUUUAAAAAAAUUAAUGAUUGUUAUGUGGUUGUUUGUUUUGUCAACUGUGUCUCAUAAUCGAUUUUUUUUUUUAAUGUUCCAUACUACGAUCACACGUAUCUCAGAAAUUUAUAUACCAAUUAUCAAUAAAAUGGAGUGUAAAACAUCUUCGUAAUCGAUCCAAUUCUUGAAUUUCUUUUUUUUU